CUGGUUGAUCUCCUGCACGCGUCAUGCAUCAACUUGUGGUUGCAUGUACAUCAACACGGAAACGUUGUCGCGCCUUGUCAUGUUGGUGAAGUUUUAUGAUGAAUGAGAUUGUAAACAGCAUAUACACCCUGCUCUUUGAUCCGCGGACGUCCCGAAACGUUUCAGGAUCUAGAAUUUAAAGUUGACACAAACACAUUCCACAUCUGAUGGAAGGGUAACGUCAUUAGUCACACAAGAGUAACGUCAUUCGUCACGAUGCAUGUUGCAGGGGCGUCUUCCUUCCCAUUGAGCUCCUCGCACGGCGUAAAAUGUUCCAGUUGUUGUGUUUCUUUUCUAAUGGAAACGUUAAGCGUUUUGUUAAUGACUUUCUUCACAAUUUCUCAUGGCUAUACACCGUACCGAAGAUUUAAUACGUACAACGCAGGUCAGCGUUUGCGUCUGUGUACGUCGGUGUCGAAGUCGUCCUUCGGAUACAAGAUGUUCGCAUCAAAUGGUCCACUGCGAUGGCACGUGAUCUCUCCCUGCUGUAGGGGAGGGAAGCAGUCUCCCGUACAUCUGACUACUCUGGGGGCAGCCUGCGGUCAGCCCUACACUCUCACAUACAGACAGCCUCAAGCUACAUGCGUGUCGUCAGUCACAUAUAACGAUGGGCAAACAGCUUCAAUGACCUUUCCCAAAGGGAGACUGUCUCUAUAUGACGUGCCCCACCGUGAGGGCAGCAGGUUCACCCUGGGGGAGAUACACUACCAUGCCGGCAUCACAGAGGACACAGGCUCCGAGCACUGGGUGGAGGACACAGGGUACGGGGCAGAGAUUCAUCUUGUGCACUAUAACAGGAAGUAUAGCGGUAUAACGGAGGCGACGGCCAAACGGGAUGGACUUGUGGUCAUUGCAGUCCUUAUACAGGAAGCCAGAACAACCCCAAACAGCCAGUUAAGACGAUAUGUCCGACUGGUGUCAAGGUUAAAAGCAAACGAUGCGAAACUCAAGGCAUCAAUGAGGCCUCUCCGGCUACUCCCGCGCAGUAAGGAGUUCUUCAUGUAUGAGGGUUCGCUCACGUCUCCGCCAUGUUCGGAGUCAGUACUGUGGCUCGUUAUGAGGUACCCAUUACAGCUGAGUGCAAGAGGGUUGGAGAUGUUGAGGAACCUUCCACUGAAAAAUGGGCAAGUGUUGGCGACGUAUACAAACGUCCGCCCCGGACAAGAACUCAACAACAGGCUUGUUGAAACCAAUUUCCCUUGUUUGGAUCGUCUCGGUAUCUUUAACUCCCCGCACAUUUAACGGAAGUGUGUUUGAAAAAAAAUCGAAGGUCAUUCUUGAUAUGACAUGACAUGGACAUGUGUUAUGUCAAAGACGUUUGCCGUUUAUGUUUAAGCAUACAUGCCAGUGAUGCAAUUCCCUACUAGUACAGUAUUGCCUAUAU